UUGUGCAAUGCAUGCCUGCGCUGCAGUUUGCAGGCCCCCCACCGCCCAUCCAUCAGCCUCCAUCCCUUCUUUUCCUCUUUCCUGCUUCAGGUCUCCAGUUUCCCGGUCCAGAGAAGGGACCUCUUGUCCAUCAAAGAGUUCCCCCUUGACAUGGCCCCAAACUCUUUCGAUGACCAGUACAAGUGCUGUGUGGAGAUGAUGGAGGCUGAGCUGGAGGAGCUGAACCGCACGGAAUUUGCCACCAACCGCGUCUACGCCGAGGCCUGGGAAAAGGCAGCCUCCGAGUGGCAGGAGAGAAAAUCUUCCGUCAUGGUGCCCGAUGGGCUCAAGCCAGAGCACGCCAUUGCGAUCAUGGCCUACACCCUGGCAGAGGAGAACUUAUAUAGGGACUUCAACAGGGCCGUGAGGGAAGCCGGGCGCACCAGAGACUUGUACCUCAACGACUUCCACUUCAAGACGUUUCACUUUCUCCUGACCAGAGCCCUCCACCUCCUCGGGACUACCUCUGCUCCGAGGUGCCAGAAAGUGUAUCGGGGGGUCAGAAAUAUCCAUUUCGUCCCCAAACACCUUGAGGACGCCCGUUUUGGACAAUUCACGUCCUCAUCGCUGAAAUAUGAGAUAGCCCAGGAGUUUGGCACAGACACCUCCUUCGCCAUCGAGACCUGCCACGGGGUCAACAUCGAGAACUUCUCUUUCUUCCCUGAGCAGAAGGAAGUUCUCAUCCCUCCCUUUGAGAAGUUCAAGGUGGCCAAUUUCACGAAGGCUCCGGAGAUGACCUUCAUCCAGCUUGUCUCGGCGGGAAACUACAGCCUCCACAAUUGUGUGUUUGUGAAAGGGGCCGGUCCGAGCCAUUUGUCGGCUAUGAAACAGACGCCUUUCCUGCUCUGGGGAGCCUUCCUGGCCGUCGUGGCCUUCAACAGUCCAGGAGUGCCCUGACCUCAGCUUCCAAAGCUCUCCUCUGGAUGCUUCCCCCAGCUGUUGCUCCUGGAAAACAUUAAAAAAAACAGCAGAAGUCUAGUGGGGGUGGGGGGGCAUUAAGAGGGAGUUGUAGUGCCACAAACAUAACAAGACAUUACACAACAAGAAGAAAAACAAAGAAACAAAAACAGAUAACAUAAAACUUCUAAACCAUUGUACCAAAACCGUGGAAGGGCCCCUCACCACAUCCAGACCAUCGCCCUUUCUCUUCCCAUCACAGAGUCCCCUUCUCCCUCCACAUCUGUAGCGAGUCUUUCUCUUUAUUAACACAUAACCAGUAAAUUCUCCCCAAAUAUCUGUAGAAAUAUGCCAUUUGAACAAUUCCUUCUUUGCUUUCAUAUUGCAUGCUAGUUUCUCAUUAAUACCUGUGGCACAUACUUCUUUAAAACAUUCUUUUAAUUGAAAACCAUACUGUAUUUUCCCAUACUUAGCUACCAUUAAUAUUAGAGCUGUUCGUAAGUCUGAAAUUAAUUCUUUAGUUAAUUACACUCACAUUGCUGCUUGUAAAAGAGAGAUAAAAGAGCUCUUUUUGGACAUACCUCUAAAUUUCGCUUACUUCUUCUUUUUCUGCCCAUAAGAACAAGUUGCCCGACUUUUAAUACAUGCUCCCAUUCCCAUCACAUAUGGCAUCCAAUGAUUCAUGUGCAGCCACAGAAGCUUUUGGGAGAAAUGUCGCUUUAGAGGGAUAACUUCUUCUCUUUCUCGCUGGGCGGCUUCCCUGUAGUUUGUCCUCAAGUUCCCUGAAACCCAGAGGAUCCUCACCUCUUUCCAUGCCUCAGGCUGCCUGCAGAAGCCACUGUUGUCCUAUCCCUUGCGUAGGGUCCCUACGGACAUACCAGAAGAUGGCCGAGGAUUUUCAGAGUUGUGGGCGACAGACCAGAGCCUUUUAUUCCAGAGUGCCUGCCUCUCAGCCCUCCAGGAACUGGUUUCAGCCACUUAGCUGAAAGCACCCAUUCGACAGCCAUGGAAUGUGACCUGCCUUGCUUGCAAAUGUUCUUGCUUAUGCUUUGAUAGAAUUGUGUCAAUAACAAUUUGGAUUGUAGCAAAGUUUGUUUUUAAGAGCCUGAGUGAGAGUUGUCUAAGAAAAUAGCCUUUUAUUAUAGAGAACUUGUUUUCUUGAAUAAGCGUCACUUUUAUG